AUGCAAAAAAGAUGCAUUUGCAUGCAAAAAAAGAUGCAUUUGCAUGCAAAGGGUAUUUGCGUUUGUGUUGGAAAAGAAAACGCGGGAAAGAAAAAUAAAACAAAGAAAAGGAAAAUUGAAAUUAAGUUUUGGGAAGUGCUCAGACAGCAAGUUCGACUAAGUCCUCGAGCUGUGGACCACUGGUCACCUGAGUGGACCACUGGUCACUUGCUCGUUCUAAGAACAGCAGCAGCUGCUGCUGCAGCCCCGCUCCUGCUGCUGCUGCUGCAGCAGCACCCGCUGCUGCAGCGCCAGCCAACAGUGCAGCAGGACCGCCUGCUGCAGCAGCCUGUACAGGAGCAGCAGGAACAGCCAGGGCCUGUGGGGCAGCAGCAACGGCUGCUGCGGGUGCAGAGGCAGCUUGCAGCAGCAGCAGCAGCUGCUGCAGCGGCUGCUGCUGCGCGUUCCCAGCAUCGGGCGCUGCAGCAGCAGCAGCAGCUGCUGCUGCUGCUGCUGCUGCUGCUGCUUGAACAGCAAAUAGUAAAGGCAGGCCAGACACCCCAGAAAGCCCGGGCCGAUGGUGCCCCAGUGAUCGGACGCCAUCGCCACCAAAACAGAAACGGAAAGCGAAACACUAAUGACUCUCUUCAGAGUCGGGUGAGGCGACAGCACAAACAGCGAAGGCCAAAAGAGGCAAAUUUUGGCGGCCAAGGCGCCCACGACGACAUCUCUGUUAGCAGCAAAGACAGCAGCAGCAGCCGCAGCUGGCUGAAAACGCCAGCAGCAGCAGCACCGAAGAAGGCAGCAAGCAGCGGCCCAACGGGGCUUUCAAUAACAUCGAAGACGAGCCCUUUUGCUGCUGCUGCUGGCGCUGCUGCUGCUGCUGCUGCUGCUGCUGCUGCUGCUGCGAGCGCGGCCCCGAGCGCGAAGGGCAGCGCCGCGAGAGCAGCAGCAGCAACUGCAGCAGCAGCAGCAGCAGCAGCAGCAAGCAGCAGCACGUCGUACAGCGGAGCUUCGAAGAGAAAAAAGCCGAAGCAAACAAAAGCCAGACACCAGCGCAUUGAAACCAAAGACACCCAGCCCUCCGCAGCAGAUCCUAUCGCCAUUUUCUGCAGCAACACGCAGCAGCAGCAGCAGCAGCAGCAGCAGCAGCAGCAGCAGCAGCAGCAGCAGCAGCAGGAGUGGGUCUGA